UGGACCUGCUCCCCGUGCGCCGCAACCUUCCACCGAAUAGACCACUACAAGCGCCACAUAUCAUCCCGUGCCGCAGACAAACCGUACCGGUGCUCCUUCUGCACAUCGAGCUACAAACGCAGGGAUGUCCUCCGCCGCCACUGGAAAUCCUGCUCCGCGCGCCUCCGAUCCGGCUAUACGAUCCCCGAGGCCCGGGCAGGAGGCAAAGAGCGGCAUGCGUGCGAUGCAUGUGCGCGGCUGAAAAAGUCGUGUGAUGGAGGAGUGCCGUGUCUGGAGUGUAAGGCGCGGGGCAGGGGGUGUACUUAUCGGCGAGUGGGCCGGGCGAGUGAUGAUGGAGUGGAGAGGGAGGAAGGGGGAGACUCCCAGCUAGGGUUGAGGGCUGGAGAGGAUCUGGAGGCCGGCCCUUGGAGCCUGGGGCCACAGAAUUUCUACUCGUUGCAGGCUGCUAAGGUUAGUGCUUAUGGUGGGUUCAAUUUAUAGUUAUGGGUUCGCAUUGGGCUUGUGCGCAGUGUGUGAGUGCAUGGGUAUGAUAUAUAACUGGU